CUGCGUCGCGCUCGGGGGCCGCGCCGGGUAGCCUUCUCUUUAGUGCCUGAGGCAGCUCUGGCUCGGAGAGCCUUUUGCCAGAUCCACGGGGACCUCUGUGCACGGAUGGACCCGCCCGGACCCGGCGGGAAGCGGCCUGGCAGGCGGCGGCCCCGGCAGUAUCAGCAGAGAGAGGACAGGGCCGAAGCCGCGGGUCCCUGAGGCGCGCGUGCCCACCGGGCCCGGCGGCGGCACCACCAUGAUGCCGGGCGAGACACACUCGGCGGCGCCCGGGACGGCAGCAGACCUCUCGCGGUGUCAGGGCUGUGUCUCCUUGCAGCAGAAUUUGAAUGAAUAUGUUGAAGCAUUAAUUACCUUGAAACAAAAAAUUAUCAACACUGAUAAUUUGUUAACAGAAUAUCAGAAGAAAUGCGAUGAGCUGCAGUUUGCAAGAAGAGAGAAUAGUACUCUGCAUCACCAAGUGGAACAGAUGCUUCAAAAAAUUUCUCCUCUGCAGAAAUGUCAGGAAGAACUGGGAUCUUUAAAAGCAGAGUUAGAAGAGAAAAAGAGUUCUCUAAAGUUGUAUCAGGAUACUCAUCAGGAAUAUGCUCGGGUAAAAGAAGAAUGCUUAAAAAGUGAUGCUCAGAAGAAGAAAUUAGAAGCUAAGGUGAAGAAGCUGGAAGAGGCUGCCGUCAAGCAAACUCAGGACUUCAAGCAACUGAGAAAUGAAAAGAAAAUACUUGAAAAAGAAUUUAAGAAGACACAGGAAAGGCUUGACGAAUUUUCUAAACAGAAAAAUGAAAAGGAGUUGAGACAUAUUGGAACACAAAUUUCAAAUGAUUCACAUGGAAGCAUAGAUAAAAGAAAAGUAAAACUGCUUCUGAAGGAACUCUGGCUCUGUGUAAACGCAACACCCAGACUACCUGGUGAAGACAGCAGUUGUGUCCUAGAAAUAUCUUCCAAAGAAAACACCAGAUCCAGAGUGUUUGGGGAAGAUGACACACUACCUCCAGCACAAGGAAGUCCUUUCAGGUCCUUAGAUGUGCAGUCAUGCCUCACAGAACUGUCCAUGGAGUUAGAGGAUGAUUUAUCUUCAUGUAAAGAUGUGGAACAAGAGUGGCCUGGUAGAGCAAAUUAUGGUACUGACUGUGUUUUUAAGGAGGCUGGGAAUCCUGAGAUUGUAAUGCAGAGUCAUAAUGAUGGUGACAGUACUGACUUUUCUGACCAUGAUCAUUUUUUUGAUGAAGAUCUUCAAGCUGCAAUUGAUUUCUUCAAACUUCCCCCUCCACUUCUGUCACCAGUGCCGUCACCCCCUCUGAUGUCACCACACGUGGCUUCCUUACCUUCUUCACUUGCACCUGAAACCUACUUUGGAGAGUGUACAGAUUCCAGCGAUAAUGACUCAGCUCAGCUUAGAAAUUCUACUGAGUCUGUUUCAGAAGAUGAUACAACUGAAUCACAGAAUUAUUUUGCCUCAUUCAGAAAAAAUAAACAAAGUAGUAUAUCGGAGGAAAACCCCAAAUUUCAUGGAUCUAUUCAAGCUCUAAGUACAUUGGAAGUAAACAAAACAACAACUCUUGGAUUUGAGACUUCAACAGCAGCACUGAAAGAACCUUUAGCUCAUGAAAAACACUGGACAAUGUCAUCUCAAUUUGUGAGUGAUAGAAAAAGAGACAUUUUGCAAGAGGCAGAAAAACAGACAGAGAUUAGGGGAAAGGACAAGUCAGUGCAAACUGAGAGGACAUUUCCUAAGCCCACGCUAAGCCUGGGCAUUGAGAAGUUGUCUGGCAGCCAAGCAGAGGGGAACGAGGCUGUCCCUGGGGAGUUGGAGCUAUGGCAUUCUCCUCCUGGCAAGAGGCCAUUAAAUGAACCCAGUGAAUCUGAAGGAAAAACCCUAUUGUCCAAAGUGAUAGAAUCACCCAAGUCAGAGUUUACUAAAUGGGCACUAACUAAGGAAAUCACUUCUGAAUCAGACUGUGUAACAGGUUCUGACCAUUUGCGGGAAGCAUCUGGAGAAAUGGAAAGGGAAACAGAGGAUAUGCAAGGGUUCAUUUUGGGAGAAUCACCUGAAUCAGAAGACGAUGAUGCAGGUGAUGCAAUGGAUGUAGCAGGGCUUGAUACUGAAGCCAGUGUUUCCUCCUCUUCCUCACUAGCAUUGUCUGUGUGCAGUAAUCCCCAGUUGUCUUCUGGGUUAGAGUGUGUUAAUGAUACAAGUAGUCCAACUAAAGUAUUCCCUGCUGAACUGCAUCAUUUGAAACAAAAAUUACAAACUAAAAUUUUAAACACGUUAAAUCUGCAGUCUGAGCCACCAGAGUGUUCUGUAGGAGGAAACAGCCUGGAGAAGAGCUUGCGUGCUUUCAGCCCUGAACUGAGAGCAUCUAAUUUUAAUGAUCAGAAGAGCAGUGAGGUAGAAUGUACAAAAGUUGUAAAAGACAUGACCAAAAUACAUCUACUUCCUCAGUCAGUAUUUAUGAAGGCUACAAAAGAUGGACAAUGUGAAAGUCAAGAUCUAGGAAUUGAACUCGCACUAAGUAAGCCAGAGUUCACAUCAUUAAUAGAUUCUCAGGCUGGCUUGAUCAAGGGUGGUUUGGGUUUCCUUAAAAGCACUUCAUGGCACCAUAGUGAUUUAUUAAGGAGAGGUGGGGAAGCAAGUCUGAGAGCUAAAUCAGGACAAGAACAAAAGGCAGCGCCAUCCCUACAGUAUGAAGCACCAGUACCCAUGCCUGAUCUUCCUAGAGAAAAUAAUAAUCCCGUAGAAUUUAAGACCACAUCAUUGUUGCCUAAUCAAGUAUCAGUUAUCACAAAGCAGGCAAGACCUGAAAAGAUUCCAAGUGCUGAACUGGAACACUUGAGACUACGAGGGAAUGAGCCUACCUUAGCAACGGGAGAGAGUGAUAAUGAAACUGAUGAUAUGUCAUCCACAGCAAAAUGUGAUGGGGAAAGAGAUGAUACAUCACAAAAGAGCAAGGAAGUGGCUGCUGUGAAAAGCACUUCACCAGAAGUUUCUACCUCUAGGAGAAAAUUGGAUUUCAGUUCUCCAAGUGAUUCUAUACCAGUAGAAAAUUCUGACUGUUCUAUAAAUAAUGAAUUAUCUUUCUCUUCUGAAAACAUCUGUGUCCAAAACCAAGACCUUGUGAGGGAAGCUGGAGUACAGGCAGAAGCUGCAGUGCAGGCAAAAACUGCAGUGCAGGGAGAAGCUGCAGUGCAGGGAGAAGCUGUAGUGCAGGCAAAAACUGCAUUGCAGGGAGAAGCUGUAGUGCAGGGAGAAGCUGCAGUGCAGGGAGAAGCUGUAGUGCAGGCAAAAACUGCAUUGCAGGGAGAAGCUGUAGUGCAGGGAGAAGCUGCAGUGCGGGGAGAAGCUGUAGUGCAGGCAGAAGCUGCAGUGCAGGGAGAAGCUGCAGUGCAGGGAGAAGCUGCAGUGCAGGCAAAAACUGCAUUGCAGGGAGAAGCUGCAGUGCAGGGAGAAGCUGCAGUACAGGGAGAAGCUGCAGUGCAAGGAGAAGCUGGAGUGGAGGGAGAAGCUGCAGUGCAGGGAAAGGCUGUAGUAGAGGGAGAGGCUGUAGUAGAGGGAGAUGCUACAGUACAGAAGCAAAAGCUGCUUCCUCAGGCCACAGAUCCAGACUCAAGUGGGACAGGUGGCAGUGAGCUGCUUCCAGCCACAGAAGUGACAGCAUCUGGAGGUUUUUCUGUUGAAGAGGACCCCUGUGAGACCUCGGCCGUAGCAAACAGUUCUAACAUACUGCAAAAUGCUAAUGAACUUUUGAAAUUGAAAUCUAAAACUCCUGGUGGGGCUUUUCCCGAAUGUUUUGUCACAACAAGCACCUCUUCAGCGUUUUGCAGAAAAGACGGAGAGACACAGGGUAUCUCCCCAAGUAGCCUUGCUGACACUUUGCAUUGUUACACAGGCAUUCGGGAGGAAAAGGAGGACACCGAGGUAGAGGAGAGUGAGGGGCUUAGCUGCAGUGAGGGGGAACAUGAGCCUGAAGCUGUGAUGGGGAGUGAGCAGCAAGAUGCCACCGGAGACCCACAGAAAGAUUUAGGAGACACAGGUGCUGGUGUAGCUGAGACAAGACCUUCCUUAGAUAUAGGUUAUUUGACCUCAGCUUUGCAAGAUUUUACCAUAAGUACUCUUUCUGAGCUAGACAGACUUUCUACAUCAGAUGUUGUUACGUUUCUUGAGAGUUGUCAGUUAAGGGAUUAUAGUUCAGGGGACUCUGUUUCAGAAUGUUCGAGUAAAGGAACCCUAAAUAAAGAAAUGAACAAAGAACUAAAGCAAAGUGAAAUAUCAGGAGAAAAGUAUGAAGAGCAACCUUGUGAAGAAGAAACACUUGGAACCUCUGAAGAAUGGAUUGAAUCAGAGGAUGAUGAUUCUUUAAAAAAUACAAGCCAGUUUACUCAGUGUUCUUUAGAAACACUGUCUGAGGUUCUCACCAAGAUUGGGCAAGAACUUCAAACAAAUUAUGAAGAUUGUGAUGGUAAAGAUACUGAUAAUUUAUUGCUCUUAAAUAUACAUAACAACACGACAAGUGACAAUUUAAGAGAGAAAGCUCCACCUCAGGAGAUGACUAGCUCCUUGGCACACACUUCAGAACCACCCCCACUGGCAGCCGACUUGGACACCGGAGGCAGCUCUCCCAUUAGCAGUGGACCUAAUAAUGAGAACACUCAGAACAGGCCAGAGGAUGGCCAAGAUGCAAGCAGGCACGCAGAUAGUGGGGAAGAGCGCCAGGCAGGGCCUGCAGAGCCGCCAGCCCUGUGCUGUGACUCAGCAGUGGAGCCAGUGACUGAGCAAAGUGCUAGUUGUGAGGUUGAAACGACAUUUCAGUAUCAGAUAUCGACAGUGACCCCAGAAGUUAUAAAUGUGCUUAUCAAUAAGGAUCAGAAUCUAGUCAUUGAGAAUGGGGACAACUGGACAGUCAUUAGUGGUAUGGCUGUUGUUCCACCCAUGGAACAGGUCACACUGUGUGAGGCUCCUGGAGACAUCCCUGUUUCUCAGGACCAAGGAGGGGUGGAUGCUGGUUGCGUCCCAGUGGCUUCUGUUGAGAAGUCGCCGGAGGCCAGUCUAGCUGCCCCUCCCUGUCAGGAGCCUCCAUGUGGCAGUAGUACUAAUCUUUCAUGUCCCCAAGAGGAUGUUUCAAGCAGUGCUCAGAGCACCAACUUUGAUAAAAGUCGUUUGCGGAAUAGACCUGUUAAGCCAAGUAUAUGGAUUAGUUCUCAAAUAUAUGAUCAAGACUUCGACUCUCAGACUGUUCCGUCUGAUCACACAUAUUAUAACUCGAAACUCGAGCCAUUCGGCAAAAAUAAGAAUCGCUCAAAGAUUUCAAACAAAGAUCAAUCUAACAAAACAGUAAAGACUUUAGCAUCAAGCAGAAUUGAGGCUCAUCAGAGUGAAGUUUCUCAGUCAUUUUCAGGGGAAAAAAGUAAUACAAAAACCCAAAGAAGUCAAACUCAGACCAUUUUAGCAAAUGCUGAUACAUCUGCUCCUACAGAUUGUUCUCCUGAUACUCUGAGUAAAAUACGGCAAGAAGUGGGGCCUCCCCUGCCUCCUCUGCUUGCUCCUCUGAUAGCCACCCCUCCAAGGACUGCACAGCCACUUUCUCCCCUGGCACUGAGUUGUAGUCCUUCCUCACCACCCUCUCCCGUCAGCCAGAUCUCUCCCUUCUGUGAAAUCCCGGUUCCUCCUGUGAUGUCUCCAUGGCCAGAAGACCCCAGGCGCACCUCUCCUCUGGGUCCUUCUCCAUCUCCGUCUGCUGCAUCAGCAGGUGAGAGGAUAGUGUCGUCUCCUCUGCAGUUCUGUGCAGCCACACCAAAGCAUGCACUUCCUGUGCCUGGCAGACUCCCGCCCUGCGCAUCUGGCCAUGCUCCUGUGGGAGGACCUCAGGAGAACUCCGUUAAAAUCCUUGACACCAUGUACCCCGAGUUGUCUGCCAGGGCCCGGACUCUCAACAUCCUCAAAGGAAAUCUUCAGCUUGGUCGAGGUCCAUCCACUGACUGUAAAAAUUUAUCGGGACCUGUCAGUGCUAUGAUAGGAUUCAAAGCAAUCACUUCAACAUCAACUGCUUUUGUCAAAACAGGGAACAGCUCUGGUGGUGACCAGAGCUCUGGUAGCCAAGAUAAAGCCAGAAAUUUGAGGACUCAGCAGGAUUCCAGUGGGAAAAGAACAUUGUCAGCGCCUACGCUGAGGAGUGCUAAAAGAUUGCGCCUGGAUGGUGGGUCCCCAGAACCAGAAAUCAGGGCCCCUGCAGAAGGAAUCCAUAAGAACCUUCAAAGGAAACUCCCUCAAGCUGAAGUAACAACAGAGGAGGAAAGAAGUUGUUCUAGUCCAGCCAUUAGUACAGUUUCACAGCUGCCUCUAAACCCCAAAGAAACUGUGGAGUCACAUGACAAAGCCAUAGCCAAUGCACUGAAGAAAAUUGCGGAGCUUUCUUUUGAUCUGUUACCUGUCAUUCGUAGUCAUGUAUAUGUGGGAAAUAUCUCCAAAAAGCCUGUAAUGAGAGAUCAAGAAAAAGAAGUUGUUUAUGAAUUUAGCACAACAAAAAAGCAUUUAGCAGAAUGCUUGCUUCACUCUAUUCUCUCAGAACUAAAAAUUCAGAAGAUGUCUACAGACCACAAUUACAUUCAUGCCCUCUGCAGAGUGUAUGUGGGUAUUUGUCGGCAACUUGGAGACUUGGAAAGAGCUCGCUUGUUGUGCUACAGUCUACUCAAGGAAGAUUUUCCAGAGUCUGAGAAAUUGACUUUGUUUAUUGCAAACAUGUGGCAUGAUGUAUUUCUCUCUCAGUCGGUGAUUAAUAAAGCAAUGCAGUUAGUUGCCAGGCAUCGUGCUAAAGGAGAGGUUCUGAACUGCUUGAGAGCUUUUCUUAAUUGGGAAAAGAAUGCUCCUGCAGAUGUUGGUUUCAUGGUUUCUAAGCUGCUUUUGACCAUACAGUUAUGUCCAAAAACAGAAUUUCAGUCCAGUGAAAAAUUUGGUGAAGACCUAAGUGAUAAUACGUGGGAAUACAUAUUUGCCAUUGAUCUGCUCUGCUCCCAUCAGAAAUGGAUUUGGACACAUGAUAACAUCAUAAGUAAGGAGCUGUGGCCUGUUAUGGAUAAGUGGAUAAAAUACAGAAAAGGACAUGCGAACAUUGCAUAUAUUCCUGAUGUUAUUAUAGCAUCAAUACUGAGGCUCAUUGGUCGUUUAGGCCAAUUGGGUUUGAAGGAAGGAUUUCCAUCUGCUGUGAAAAAUAUUAGUUCAGUUAUUGGUAUGUUUAUACAGCAUGCUCAGGAUGAAGAUAUUCCAUGGGGUAUACAGUUAGCAGCCGUAUAUGCUCUCUGUGACUUGAGUCCCAGCAAUCCAGCAGAAAUUUGCAAGAUCCUGGAAGCUUGGCGGAGAGAGGCCUCCAAGAACGUUCCGUCUGCCAUCCUCAGCUACCUGGAAGAAGUCGGUGCGCUGAGUGCAGAGGGGCUCGGCUGACCCAAGAAGGCCACUGUGGCUAGAGAAGUGCCUUGACACAUUUGAAUAUAAAUAGAUUAAUCAGCUUUCAGAUACAAAGGAAGGUUUAAAGAAGACGCAAAAUAAACUGACAAGAGGCUCUCCUUAUCGUUUGGCAAGGAGACAGGAGAAACAAACAAUUGCACAGUUGUUUUUCCCUAAAUCACAUACAUUUCACUUAUGGUUAUUGUGAUCAUGUGACAUAUGGAUUGUAUUAUUGUGUCUUGGUCAAACAACAAAAAACUUGAAUUUAGCCCUUUUUUUGCUGCAGAAAGUGUCUUUUUAGUGGCUUUUUAAAAUUGAGUGGCAUUUUAUAAUGAACUUACCAAUAUAAAAACAUGAUUUGGUUCCUGAGCUGUUUUCGGACUUGUGUUCAAAUGAGUGACUAGGAAAAAGUAAAUUGGCAAAACAAAGACCUAAAGAGUUUUCCACUUCUUAGCUGGAAAUGGGCUACAAAAGUUUUUCUCAAGAUGUAAUACAUAAUUGAUCCGAGUAAAACAUGGAGAGCCCUUAGCAGAAACUCACUUUAAUGCAUUUUCUUUUUAUCUCUAAAAUUCCUUAAAAAUAUUUAACUAUAUAUCAGGAAGAGGAGAACUGAAGAGUAGAAGUUCCCUUGCAGGUUUGUAUCAGUGACAUGUAUAUGAGCGAUUCAGAGGCGACUGCAGGCAGAGAGAGCUCUGUGUGCUGUGUACAUAUGGUCAGUGCUAUGAUGUGUCUCACAUUUGAUGAUAUUCCACUUUCGGAAUUUUAGUAUUUGUAUAUAGAACAUGGGUUUAAUAACUCACCGUGGUUCUGAUUUGUCUUAUAUUCAUCAUUUCUUAAAACUCUUGUAUGUGUUUUUUAUAAUAAAAAAUAAAAGUAAGCCAUG